CCAACUCACAAAACACACACUCUAUCUCUCUAACUAACAAAGCAAAAAAAAUGCAAUACAAAACCGAAACUCGGGCCUCCUUGUCCUACAACAAGGUGAACAACAUGAAUGUGUUUCCGUCAGAGACUUUAGCUAGAAUAGAGUCGAUGGCAGCAGAAAAUGCGGUGGUGAUAUUCAGCUUGAGCACUUGCUGCAUGUGCCACGCCGUCAAGCGUCUCUUCCGUGGAUUAGGAGUCAGCCCCGCCGUCCAUGAGCUCGACCUCCACCCUUAUGGAGUUGAAAUCCACCGAGCUAUCCUUCGUCUCCUUGGCUGUUCCAGCGGUGGCGCUUCCACUUCUCCGGUGGCACUUCCGGUGGUAUUCAUCGGUGGGAAGAUGGUAGGAGCGAUGGAGAGAGUGAUGGCUUCUCAUAUCAAUGGCUCACUCGUCCCUCUUCUCAAAGAUGCUGGGGCUCUCUGGCUCUGAUCAUAACCAAAGUCCAGUUUCUUCUUCGGUGUGUUUUUUUCACUUUUUGUUUUGUUUUAAAAACAAACAAAAAAAGAUUAAUUAGGUUUAAUCAGUGUUGUAUUAGAGAGAGUGGGAGAAGAGUGGUGCGUUUGUUUUAAGCUUAGCUUAACACUCUUUGUUUAUUAUCUUAACUACACUAAUACAAUCAUAUAUUAUUAGUAAUCUUCGCCUCUAUAUACUUCCUUAUCUCUACUUUUACA